AUGGUACUAAGUAGUUUAAAAGGACAUCAAAGAGAAGCCAGACCGCGGUCUUCAAGCUCAAUUACCUCGACGUUGAACCGAUUGCACAGCCGUAUGUCGACCCCGACAAAAUCCAAGUCUCCCAAGAAGAUCAAGACCGCAUUUGAUAACUUGUCUGAGAUGGAGUCGGGGAAGACGUCCCCUAAGAUUCAGGAGGAGGUCUCUACCUACGGGGCUACUGAAAAUACCGAAACGCAACGUGGAUCGUUGCGCAGUUUGCUUUCUCGAGUUGAUAAUAUUGCUCCUGCUUCCAAUACCCCAGAAGCAGUUUCUAUUGACACUGCUCCUAAAGAGCCUGACAAUUGCCACUCCUUCAGAAACACCACCAUUGUCGAGUCUUUGAGAUCCUACUUGACUUCAGGCGCCACUGACGACGAGUCAAGACCAAUCUUGCCCCUAUGCGAUGCUGAUUGUUCCAGCUAUCGAAGAGUCUCCAACCCUGGCAGACAGAGUACUUCACUUACUCCUCAUUCGAUAUUGAAACUGUUGACGUCACAGAAGACAAAAACCUUCCUUGCUGUCGUUAUUUUGGCCAUUGUGGUUCUGGUGUCACUACUUAUUAGAGAGACUUCGAAAUAG